AUGAAUGCCGCUAUUGAAGUGAAGGAGCCAACGGGUGAAGUUGUUGGCGCCUCAAUGGUGACUGCUGAAGUGAAGGAGCCAACCAGUGAGGAUGUUGACACCAUGCCGGCCCCCGUCGAGAACACCCCGCCGGCACAUGUGUCGACCUUGCAGUUGCCCGUUGAGACCUCGCCAGCGCCUGUUCACGCGGCUACAAGGACAAUCACUCUACCGUCACGUAACCCACCGGCCAUGGGCGUAAAACAAGAUUCCCCUUUCCGUGCUGGUCCUGUCAGCGAAAUGGAGCUCUUUAAGAGUGUUCCAGUUCUCACCGGCGAGAGCAACUACCGCGAAUGGGUUACUGCCCUGAAGAGGGUGCUAGACCCGAUCAACGUGAACUACUUCCGGGUUCUUAAAGGCGAUUGGCCCAAGCCCGUCUUCGAAAAUGAAGAAGCAAAUCCCGAGCAGCUCGCCGAAUGCAUACAGUACGGCAGCACCAACACUGAUUUGUUGCUUAUUAUCAACGCCACUAUUCACCAAAGCGUCCAGUCGCACAUUUGGAACACUUUCGACGGUCGUUCUGCCUUUCUUGCUCUUGAGGAAGCUUUCGCCUCUCCGAUCCGCGGCACUCGCUUUGCCAACUACAAGGAAUUUGUCAGGAAGUGGCGCCGAGCACUUGAGGAACUUCACGGAUGGAAUGAUCUUGCCAACAUGUCUUACACCUUUGUGGUUUGCCAGUUCCUUGUGGCUGUCGGUUGUAACCCGCCAGCUCGCGCUUGGGUCAAGGGGCUGCGUCUCAACGUGGAAUAUUGCGAUGAGGCAGUGCUUGAUAAUCUGAUCGUCGACUUCCUUGAUUUUGAGGACCAGCGACUGAAGCCUCCCCAGGUUCUGCUGCCAGCCUUUUACAGCUGCGUUUCUCGCAACGAUGUCUAA